CCUUGGGUUUUCUUCUUUUUUCAUUGCACUCUCAGCUUCGCUCGCUUCAGGGUUUUCUUAGGAUUCAACCGCGCUGCUUUGCCAUACUCCGCGGGGAAAGAUCUGAUCAUGUCGGCCGUUGCAGCCUCCGUUGACCAAUCGACAGAUUUACUGCAGAAUCUAUCGGUGGAGACAAAGAGCAAAGGCGGUGUUGUUCCAGUCGUGCCCAAGAAGCCUUCUGCAAUUCAAUAUGGACCUGUGAACGCUGGACAAGCUCCGAAGGUUCAAAUGCCCUCGUUGGAGCGUUUUUCGACCCCUGUGAUUCCUGGGUAUAUGGAUCCUAAUAUGUACUUUAUACCUAAUGGAUACCCAUCAACAGCUUUUUACUAUGGAGGUUACGAUGGUUUUGCGGGCGAGUGGGAUGACUACAAUGGCUAUUUGAAUACCGAAGCUGCUGAGAUCUCGAAUGGGGUUUAUGGUGAAAUGUAUCACCAUGGAUAUGGAUAUUCACCUUAUAGUUCUUACCCUUGGUCUGCUUCCGUUCUUCCAGCGGUGGGUGAUGAAAACAUAUCUUAUGGAUCUCAACAUUACCAGUAUCCUUCUUCAUAUUACCAGUAUCAGGGAGAAGUAGCUGCAGACCAGCCUUCUGUAACUGUUGGUUCUGACAAAUCAAAUUCAAAUACGUUUCCUAAUGGAAUUUCUAAUGCAAACAGUGGGUAUUUUUCGCAAAAGAAUAACCAACAAAGUUUGUUAUUUCCCUCAAAUGAUUCAUACGGUAGAAGUGUUCUAUAUUCAAGUUUCGAUGGAAUGAGAUCACCAUUUCCAUGGUAUUAUGGCCCCACAUAUGCUUAUCCAAAUCUUAAUUCAGCUACUCCAAAUACCAUGUCUUCAACUGCUUCACAAAAUUUUCAUUCAAUGUCAACGAGAAAUCAGAAUGGUUUAAAUUGUGGAACAACCCCUUCGAUGGGACAAGCAGGUUCUGGCACGUUAAAUAGGUUUUAUCCUACUAACCUCAUGUAUGGCCAAUAUGGUAAUCCAUUUAGAGAUUGUGCUGCUUUAGGAUCACAAUUAUAUAAUUCUCGAAUGAAUUUUUAUGGAUUUUACGGACGUGGCUAUGAGAAUUUUGACGGUAUGAGCGAGCUGAAUCGAGGGCCGAGGGUGAACCGCUUUAAAAUCCUUAACGGGGCUGUUCCUACGGGCGAAGAAGUUGAGGAUAAUCAUCUUGUUCCAAACAGAGACCAAUACAACCGAGCUGAUUUUCCUGAAAAGUACGCAGAUGCAAAGUUUUUUAUCAUCAAAUCAUAUAGCGAAGAUGAUAUACACAGGAGCAUCAAGUACGGUGUUUGGGCCAGCACCCCCGGUGGGAAUAAGAAGCUUGAUUCUGCUUACAAGGAAGCCAUGAACAAAGCUGAUGGAUGCCCCGUGUUUUUGUUUUUCUCUGUAAAUACGAGUGGACAAUUUGUCGGCGCUGCGGAGAUGGUUGGGCCGGUUGAUUUUGAUAAAACUGUCGAUUACUGGCAGCAGGAGAAGUGGAUUGGUUGCUUUAAUGUGAAGUGGCAUAUUGUGAAAGAUGUACCUAACAGCCUUUUAAGGCACAUAACUUUAGAGUACAAUGACAAUAAGCCGGUGACGAAUAGUAGAGACACUCAGGAGGUGAAACUUGAGCAGGGACUUCAGGUUCUCAAGAUUUUAAAGGAUCAUGUAAGCAAGACAUCCAUCUUGGAUGAUUUUGGAUUUUAUGAGACUCGCCAGAAGGUGAUGCAAGAAAAAAGGGCCAGGCAACACCAACAUAACCAGCAGUUCGUUGCUGUUAAAUCAACGGAGCCUGUUGAUGAGAAAGACAAGGAAACGGCUGAUUCGGAGAAUGGAUCGCAGAAGCCAUUGGAAUCUGCUCCUGAAUUGAAGAAUUCAGUGGCUCCAGGUGGUGGUCCUGAUGAUUCAUCUUCCACCUAGGGUUACCGUUGAUACUUUGAAGGGAACAACAAUGCCACCAAACGAGAUUACUGAAAUUUCAAAUGCUGUUUGCUAAAUCCAAGUUAGAUUUUCUACCAGCAAUUCAUCAUUCACAGGCAAAAAUUUUCUUUUUGUGCAUUUUUUUGA